UAAUAAAAAGGAUAAAAUGUAUAAAACAAACCCUUAUAUUAAUAAAGUAAUAAGAAAUCUAAAAAAUAAAAUUAAAGAGUUAUAAAAUACAUAACACUAAUAUAUAAAUUUAUAUAAUAAUAUCAAAAUUAAUUAUUUAUAAAAUGAAAAUAUACCUGCCCGAUGUGCGGGUUAAACUCUAGUGGCUAAUCUUACUCUAUUAAAAGGGGAAUAUAAGCUCCAUUGAGUCUAUCCACCUCAACAAAUUAAAUCAGCCAAUGAAAUAUGAUUUUUUUGCUAUGUCACUAUUUAUUGAAUCCAAUAAAACACUUCAUCUUCAUUGUUCUUAUUGAAGUCUUUGAAAUUGACGUUAUCCUACAUUUAAGAACCUCAAUUUUUUAAAACUUAAUUCCCUUCGUUGAUCCUUGCAAGAUGAGAGACAAUGACGUUUCAACUUCUGUUGUUUCUCUCUUUAUAACUUUUUCGAUGAAUCUUAGCCAAAUGUAUCACUUCUUAUAAUAUGGAAUCUUGCUAAAUUGUAGAUGUAAUAUUUAGUUUACAAAACGAAAUAAAAUAACCAAAAAUUACAUUCUCAUCUUUAUUGUGUUAAUCAUGUUAUUUUUUUUUGUUUCAUAUGAUGGAAACAUAUUUUACAACACAUAAUCCAUGUUACAUUUGAGAAACUAAAAAUAAAAACUUAAGCCUUUUUCAAAAAUAAAAUAUUAUAAUUGAAAACUUUGUACUACAAAAUAUAUGCAGAACAUAGUAAAAAAUAUAUGGUUUAAUCAGACAAUAAUAUAUUCGAAAUUUACACUAAAUACAAUCUAGAAUGCAAAAAUAUACAUACAAAAAUGACAAGUUUUACCAAAUUAUACCAUAUCAUUCGCGUGUAAAUGUCCACGUACUAUAUGGAAUAAUAUGUUCAAAUAAUAGAAAAAUUGUUAGAUUACAAUGAUCCAAAUAAUAUACCACUAUUUUAAAAAAAUAGAUAAAUGUGCAAAGUUAUAAAUUUUAAAAUUACGAGUUCAGUAAAUAAAAUUACAAAAGUUAACAAAUUUUUAAAAAUAAAUGCAAAAAACAAAACAAAAUAUAAACUGCACGUAGCACGGUUAAAUCUAGUAUGCUUAAAUACGCAUAAUGUUGAGUGUAGGGAGUGCAAUUUCACUUAAAUAAAACUUGUUCAUGUCAAAUCUCACCCUUUCGCGUGUUUCGACCAUAUGACGUGUCGACUGUUAAUAGGUGCGGAAGAUAACUCAGCCUUUUCGUUUCCGUCGGUAGGAUAAUAUGUUAAUCUCUAAUUAACUUAAGACUAGUUAAAAUAACAGUCGUAUGAGUUCUAUCUUUGUUACGAAAUUAAAAGUCGAGCAAUGAGAAGAAAUAAUUGGGCCAACUGCAAAAAUGCUUUAAAUUCCCAAUUUAUGGAUCAUAACAUCCGCUAUUUUAGAGUUAAUUGAGCAGGCCUAUGAUAAUAAAAUGAUGGACUCAAAACUAUAAUUACAAUAACUUUUUUUUGCUGUCCCUCACUCCAAUCAUUGAACAUAACGACCUAGGAUUAGUUUUUAUUUGUUUUCUGAAACUUUUUUAAUUAAAAUAUAUUAAAUCGACAUGAAGAGAAUAACGGUUUCGUUUACAAACCAAUUCGAACAAAAUUACCUAGGUUAAGAGAUUAGGUUUGGAAACUUAAACAUGAGAUUAGUUUUUUCUAAACGAAAUUCGAUAAGUUCCUUCUUCAGGCGAAGUAAUGAUUCAUUUGAUCUUGAUUCUUCGUUGAUCCUUUAUCAAUUAUUACAUAUUAUGAAAUAAUAAAUAUAUAUUGAAUAAUUAAACUUUAGUAACUAUUCUGUAUAUAAUUAAAUUGAUGAAAACACAUACAUAAUUUUUAUUAAUCCAAACAAACACUUUUCUAUUUUAAAUGGUAGAUAAUUAAAUUUAAAUGAUAUUAACAUUGAUAUAUAGUAUAUUUUUAAUAUUGAUAUCUAUUAAAUAAUGUUUUCUAUUCAUAUUAUUUUUUUGUUUUUUUUAUAACAAAUUUUUUAAAUCAUUGAUAACAAAACUUUUAUUGUGGAAUGUUUAAUAGUUGUACUAAUUUAUAAUGUUUUAAAAAAUUCAAUAUAGUAAGCAUCGGCAUCGACCAAACAUGUAAGAGACGUUUUUAGCCUAUAUAAUAUUAAUAUAUUUUACUUUUGUUAUUAAGUUUAAUAACAAAAAGAUUUCAACCGAUGAAAAGUCAUCUCUCACUUUUUGUCAGCCUCUAAAUUGAUGAAGGUCUCUCUGCGAAAAAUCAUCUCUCACUAUUUAUCUGCCUCUCAACUCUUUUCUAAUUACCUUUUAGUAUUGUAUAUUAGGUGUUUUGCCUGCACAUGCGGGUAUAAUCAUUUUACUAAUAGUUAUUAACAUAUGUAUUCUGGUUUAAACAUGAGGAUAACUUAUUUUUAAUCAUUUUAGUUUUCUUCGAUUUUUAUUUCGGUUUACGUCUCCCUAACACAAAAAAACUAUAAAAGUAUGAGACUAUAAGAGAAUAAUUACAUAUCAAAUAUUCUACACAAAAAAAGUAAAUUAAGAAUGUGAAUUUUUGGUCUCUCUUAACCUAUUUUGUAUUUUUGAAUCAAAAACAUGUAUUAAAUUACCAAAAAGACAAUAAAACACACAAAAUCCAAGCAAGAACAAAAUAAAUAAAAAUUAAAGUUCUAUGAUAAUUUAGAAGAAUUUUAUUUUUAUAAAAAACAAAUUGAGAAAAUGACAAUAUUUCAUUGCUUUACUUGAUCAAUAUAUACAUUGAUUUAUCUUAAAAUAGAUAAUGAUAGUUUUAUUAUUGAUGUUAAAUUAUGGUUAAUUAUAUAAUGAUAAAUCUAAUUAUUAAUUAAAAAUAUAUCUAUUUUAGCCGUUUCAUAACAUGAUUUCAUAUGCAACUCUCUAAACUUAAUAUCAAAAUAUAUUUUUCUUAUAGAUUAAAAAAUAAUUAAACAUACAGUAGGGAAGUUACUACAGAAGUAAUUCAAAAUACUUAAUUCAUAAUUCAAAACUCUAUGUGACAUAACCGACUUGCUCCUAGUCUUUCAAACUAAAAGAAAGAAAACAAAUAUAUAUAUAUUUUAGCAAAAAAAAAAGAAAACAAAUAUAGAAUUCCAACUAAAAAACCAAAUAUCAAAAAUACAUAAAUAUAUGUCAAAAAAUAUAAUCGAGACAAUUUAUAAUGAAUGAGAAAAAUGAAACUAUAGAAUUUUAAAACAUUUUACAUCAUAUGAAAAUAAGAAUUGGUCCUAACUUGUGUAAAAUAAUUAUAAUUUUAAUUCCAGUUUGAAAAUUUGAAAUAGUUUUAUAUUAUUUAAAUUAAUAAAUUAAUGAUUUAUGCUAAAAACUAAUCAAUAUAUCGUGAAUAUUAAAAUAAUUAUAAUCAUAUUCCAAUUAGAAAUUUCAAAAUGUUUAUAUUAUUCAAAUUAAUGAACUAAUUAGAAAGUUUGAAAUAUUUAUAUUAUAUCUAAAUUAAGAAACUGAUUAUUUAAUCUAAAAACUAAAAAGAAUAUGACAAAUAAGCAAAAUUAGCUAAAAUUAUAGAGAAUGUGUCAAACCAGCAAAAUCAAUUCAUAAAUAAUAGUAUAGAUACUAGAUAUGAGCUUGUGCGUUGCAACGAGUUUUGUUUGAUGUUUUAAUUUAAUAAAGAAAUAAAAGUAACAAAUCAUUUUAUUAUAUUUUUUGGAUUGUUUUUGCAUAUAUUGUGCGAGACUUAUUUUAUAAUUAAGAAUUCGUUUUUACACAUAUAUCUUAGUUAAUAUUUGUAUUUUAUAAUCAUGUGCAUAGGUGAAUUUUUAUCAACUUUCUACUUAGUGCUAGAUAAAACACUCAUACCUAUUAAAUUAAACCCAACCCAAUCCGAAUUAAGAAUUAGAAUGAACAAAAUUGAAAGUUAAAUAAGGUCAAUCGAGUUAUUGACAACACCAUACACUUUCUUAUAUAAUAGUUUAAUAUUUUAUUAAAACUUAUUUGAUGCUGAUGUUAAUGUAUGAGUCUGUUUAUGUUGAUGAUUAAAAAAAAAAAUUAAAACUUAUUUGAUGCUUAAUAAUUUUCUUAAUUUAUUAUUUCUUAAGGAUAUAUUUCUAUAACAACAUUUUAAUUAAAAUUAUGUAGAAAAAUAUUACAUACUAAAAACAAAAAAUGUAAUAAGAUGACGACGAAACUUGAUUUUUUUUACAAAAUGCAUAUAAAAAUCACUUUACUGACAAUAAUAAUAAUAAUCUGUUUCUUAUGACCAAACAUGAAAAUAUAUAUCAAACAUGUGUAUGAUUUUCGUAUGACCAACCUAUUAAAUAGUUUAUAAAAUACUAUUUAUACAAUUUGUAUCUAAACUAAUUUUAAAGAGAGGGAGUAAUUUUUAGUAUCAUGUUCAUCAUUAAAUUAUAUCUUAAAAACAUUACCAAAUAAUUUUUUACAAUUUUAUUUUGGUUAAAACUUUUUUUUUUGUCAGCUUUAUUUUUAAAAAAGUUUUGGCAUGAUAGACAUGAUACUAAAAAUCAUGUCUAUCAUUAAAUUUUUAAAAACUUAAAAACAUGAUAAAAUCUCUUUUGUUUAUGAUUUUUUAAAAAUAUAUCAAAUAUUCUCUUAAAUUGUUUUUAGGGUUUUAGAAUUACUAUCCAAUAAUUUUAACGAUAUAUAAUUGUAAAAGACUAUGUAAUAGCAAUAUAAUAGUAAUACAUUUACACUUUUUUUUGUUUAGGCUUUUAAGAAGAAAUAUUACUUAUUUUAUAGUUAGUUUUACUUUUGAUUUUUCUAAAAUAAUAUAUUAUAUUUGUAGGAUUCUAUAAUUUGUUUUUUUAGAUUUUUUUUUACUAAAUAUGUUUCUUUUACAAUUUUCUUUCUUUAUUAUCUUUUAAAACGAAAGUUAUAUUUUUUUUAACAAAAAAAUACUUUCAAAUAAAUUUUUACAAUUAUUUACUUGUUUAGAAUUAAAAUAAAAUUACUAUCCAAUAAUUUUAACAAUAUAUAAUUGUAAAAGACUAUGUAAUAGUAAUUGUUCUUUUCCAAAAUAUUAAAAAGAAUUGUAAAAAGAUAUUUGUAAUAAUAUCUUUAUUUUCUAAAUCUUUUUUAAAUCCUAAGAAAAGAGAUAAUAUUUUGGACACAUGUCGCAAUCUUAAAAUAAUUAUUAACACAUGUCACGAUUAUGUUAAUUAGCAACUUUGAAAAACUCUAUAAAAUGUGAAGAACUCCAACAAAAUCCGCAUUCAUAACUUAUGAUUCGGUAUUAGUGGGUAAACAAAACAUAAUCUUGUUUUAAAAUGUUGAGCAAACCAUUUGACUAAUAGAUUUCAUAAGAAAUUCUGUAUACCUAUAAAAAAGAAUGGUUUAUAUGAUCCAUUUAUACGUCAUAGUUAUAUGUCAUUGUAGAUCUUAACGAGUCGUCACCUAAAAGAGAAACGAAAGAAGAAAUGGCCAUUUUUGGGUCAUGGAUUUACUUUCGUACUGGAAUUUUUGUGUAACCGGGAAACAAAAAUUGUCUAGUUAAAAUUUUGGUGAUCGAUUUAUCCGAAAGAAUAAUAAAGGAAACCAUAAGAGCAUAUCCAACCCAACCUCAAAUCCUCAAAUUUUGAGGUUUUUGGGUUGAGAACCUGUUGUUCCGCUCAGUCGUCGUACGGGGAUUGUCCCUUUAGGAUAUUUCGUCCCGUUUCUGUGCCAUACCUGCCAAUUGGUAUCGUCUACGUCUGACAGAUAUGAAUAAAACAUAUUCGAUCUUUUAGUGGUCGGUAAAAAGAAUUAUAAGUUCAUAUAAAUCUUAUACCAUAGUACCAUAAAAUUAUAACUACAAAAGUUUAAUAUGUCUUCUAAACAAAAUUUUAUCAUAAACAUUUUUUUCAUUGCAAAAACUUUGAUGUGGCAAAACUUUAAUAAUCAAUAUAAGUAAAAUUAAGUUAAAAUUACGCAAAAAUUAAGCAAAAAAUAAGUAAAAUAUAACUUUUUGUUUGGAAAAAUAUAAUACUCAAAAGAGAAAUUUUUUUUUAUCUUAAUUAGUUAGCAAGAUAGAAAAUGAAAACUCAUCUCACAGAAAAUACUUAAAAUAUAAAAGUGUCAGAUAUUUUUCAAAAAACAAAGAUAAUUCAUAAUCUCUUUUUUUUUUGGACAACAAAUAAUUCAUAAUCUCUAAUUUAGGAUGUAUCGCAUUAUUAAACUUUCACGAAGUUGAGAUAUAUAUUGAAAUUAUCAGAACUUAAACUGAUACAUAAAAGUUACGCGCAGGCUGUGUCAUUAAGAGAGAUGAUUUUGUUUUCCAUUGGUUCCAAACUGUGUCAUUAAACUGAUACAUGAAACUGAUGAUUUGGAGUGUUAAAAAUAGAAAAAGAGGGUGUUUAAUGUGGGGGAGGGUGUUGCAACCAUUGUGGAGGAUCUGAUGCGUCGCGCUUUCAUCUGUCAGAUCUUGCUUACUUCCAUUUUAUAUUUGGUUUUCACGUGAUGAUGCGUUGCUUCCGAUGAUAAACAUUUAUUGAUUUGGCCCACCAAACCUUAUCUCACGGGAAAUAAAUACAUAGUAACUACGUUGCCAUCACAACAAGUCUGUCUGAGAGAUAGUUCAUUACUCCAUUACAUAUCUCUCAACCAUGGCGUAUAACGUGAUCAAGAUCUCUCGGAUCAGCCCCGCAAAAGAUCUUGUCGACUCCCUCAUCCUCCCACUCAGUUUCUUCGACUUAGUGUGGCUAAAAGACAUUCCCACGAACCGAGUCAGCUUCUACAAACUCACCGAGUCAUCUCGCGACUCCUUCUACUCACUCAUCCUCCCCAAGCUCGAGCACUCCCUCUCCCUCGUCCUUUCACACUUUCUCCCUCUCUCCGGCCACCUCAAGUGGAACCAAGAAGAUCCCAAGCCCCACAUCAUCAUCUCACCGCAAGAUGCCGUCUCUCUCACGGUGGCUGAGACAGACGCUGACUUCACUCAUCUUUCCGGCAAAGGGCUCCGUUACCAGACUGAGCUACGCCCUCUAGUCCCCGAGUUACCGGUUUCCUCUGACUCAGCGCCUAUUCUCACUCUUCAAAUCACUUUGUUCCCCAACCAAGGCUUUUGCAUCGGAACCACAAUCCACCACGCUGCCGUGGACGGCAAGACUCUCGUGAAAUUUCUCAAAUCAUGGGCUCACAUCUGUAAGUACGGAGCAAUACCGCAAGAUCUUGACCUACCUAUGGUUCUAGAUCGUACGGUUAUAAAUCUUCCAUCCGAACUGCCGAAUCUCUCUGUAGACGUAAGAACACUAAAGCUUCCUCCCGUGAAAGAGAUCGAAGAAGACGUGGUCAGGUUCGCGUUCGAGCUGACUCAUGAGAACGUGAAGAAACUCAGGGAGCGAGCCAAAAGCGAGUCGACUCGGUCUGAUCUUCAGCUGUCAACUUUCGUAGUCACGUACGCUUACGUACUGACAUGCGUCGUGAAAGCGCGUGGAGUCAACGCAGACCAACCGGUUCCUUUCACGUUUGUUGCUGAUUUUAGAGACCGGUUAGACCCGCCGGUUCCUGCGAGCUACUUUGGGAACUGCGUGUUGCCUGUCAACUUCUUAGGGUACAAAGCCAAGACGUUUUUGGGAGAAGAGGGGUUUGUGAACGGUGUGGAGAUUGUCAAUGAUGCGGUCAGAGAUUUGAGUUUGAGAGGGGCUGAGUCGAUAUGGGAGUUGUAUGAGGAAGGGUUGAAAAAGAUUGAACCAGGUAUAAAGAAGCUGUCCGUUGGUGGGUCUAACAGGUUUGGGAUAUAUGAGACGGAUUUUGGGUGGGGACGACCCGUUCACACUGAGAAUGUAUCCAACAGCGGAAACCUUCUCUACUCUAUGUCGGAGAGCAGGGAUGAAGCCGGUGGUGUGGAGAUUGGCAUGUGUUUGAAGAAAUGUGAGAUGGAUGUUUUUGUUACUGAGUUUCAAAAUGGACUGUAAGAUGUGGAGGUUGGUAUGUGUUAGAGAAAAAUGGGUGAUGGAUGUUUUUAUUUCUGAACUUCAAAAUGGAUUGUAAAAAACAAGUAUAUAUGCGAUCAUGCAUUGAAUUUCAAAUUAUCGUUGUACUUGAUCAGUCACUCCUUAUGUUAAUAUUAGAGUUUUUCCCAUGCUACAUUUGGGUGUAAUUUUGGUGAAACUAAUUUUUGAUAAAA